GUUCUCAGAAUUGUGAAAUUACUCAUAACAUUGAAAAAGGCAUUCAUUUCAUUUAAAGAAGUGUUUCACAAAAGUUUGUUUUUACUACUGUUUUAAAAAAUCGUGGAUUAAAAAUGAGUGUUCCGACUUUAGAAGACUUCCUAAAUUUUGAAGCCAAAAUAAGCCUCGACAAGCCAGUAGAAGAUUAUGUACGGCUGAUGGAUGAUAGGAUGAAAACAGACGCUUUGAUUACCGACGAAGGUUUAAAAAAUUGCUUUGAAAAAAUUAGUUCGGCUGCAAGGGAAACUGUUUGGAAAUUAUUCUUUGAAGGCCCUUGCACAAUUGAGAAGCAAGUGUUGGCUUCUGAUCUGCUACGUGAGCACAAAGCGGAUGCCGGCUUCUUUAAUCCGUGGCCUUACAAUGAAUGGAUUGUUAAGAUACGCGAUGAAUUAUUAAAACGGCAAAUGAUUUUGGUUUGGCGUGACGAAAUUGUUAGAAAAGAACUUGGACCCUGUUGCUCCCGAGAUUCAGAUCUGUUUGAAGACGAUAAUGAAGAGGCUGCGAAGUUUUAUGAGUUUGCUGGUUGUCAAGCUCGCUGGAAAGAAGUAGACGAAAUGUCGACCAUACCUGAUGAUGCGCCGAGUCUGUCGCCAAUAUUAUCGGAAACAGCUCUCUCGCCAGCUGAAACUGGUGCUUCUGUCAUUGAAACAAAUCCCGCUAACGUCGACUUUCUUGCUGAUCAAUUUAAAACUUUAUCCUGCGAAAGUCCAUUAGAAGAUUAUAAGCAUAAUAUGUUUGUCCAAACUAAUAUCAAUGCCAAUGAUACUGAAGGAUUCAAAAAGAUAUUGGCCGAAGCUAGAGAGAAGAUUUGGCAUUUCUUAUUUGAUCAAUCAAGUCUACCACCAGAAAACUUUGAGAAGGCUGCCAAACUUCUACAAAUGGUUAAAUCGGAUUCUUGCACAUUUAGCCCCUAUGAUUACAACGAUUGGAUCGUUAAGGUUCGAGAUGAAUUAUUUAAGCGUGGUUACCUUAAAUUUUGGGAAAGAGUUAUUGUUGCAAACAAACUGGGCUUAUGCUGGUAUAAGGAUAGCGAAUAUUUUGAUGAUCGCGAUGACAAAGCACCAUUGCAAUUCUACGAGUUCGGUGAGCAUUGAUUGAAUUGAUUCUAAGGGUAAAAAUUACGAUAUUUUUCCGAAGAAGCACAAAAAAUGAAAAAUGCAUUAAAAUAGUUAAGAAAUUAAAUAUGUUUAUAACUCGAAUUAUGAAAUAAGUUAACUGAAUCGAUUAUCUUUGUGCUUUAUGAUGAUAUUAAACUCUUAUUUUAAUCAUAAAAUGAUUAGAUGCGAACACCAUAAAUGUGAAUGAAUGAAUUUACAGAGUUGAAUCGAAUUUUAAACACAUAUACACGUAUUAAAUACGCACGCAUGUUAAAUAACACAAAUUUAUUUAUGAUAUUACAACAGCGAAUAACGUUUUUAUUGGCCCAAAAUUUAAAAAAUGGUGAUCAUACUUCGAAGUAGUGAUCCAAAGAGGGGAAUCUUCACUUUGAUCAUUGUAAUUUGAAAUUUUGUUUUUUGAAAAUGAAAUUAGUUAAAUCUCUAUCAAUAUUUCAAAACAUUAACCCUUUUUUUGUUUGGCACUUUUAGAAAGAAAGCAUGUUUGUAAUAAGUUGGUCCAUGCUACAUAAUGCAUAAGCACGAAAUCAUAAGCAAUACAACGGACGAUAAGGAGAUAAUAAAUAAAAUUAAUAAAUUUA